UGCAGCCUUGAAAACAGUCUUCUCUGAUGAUAAACUAUACUAAAGCUGCUGAAAUAAUAAUUGUAAGUUGAAUUAAACGCGGUUUAAAACGCGUCCGUGCAGCUAACUAGCUAGCUUGAGAGCUUGCGGAGUGUGGAAACUUUCCAGCAGAGAUAAACCUUCACCUUGGUCACCUUAGCUUUUGCUCUCAGUCCUGAUGGCUGUCCAAAGCUCAAAUCAGUGGAAGCUGUGAGGAGCUGGAGAACAAAUGCCAGGAGGAAAACACAUAAGUGGAUUUAAGUUUUAACUACGUGUUCAGCCACAAAACUUGCCUGUAAUUUGGCUAGCGAGGAAGAAGAUGAGCUGCCAUAAACUGCUGCUGUCCGAGCUGAAGCUGUGGUCGUCAGGUGGAAGUAGUUGGAUAAGUCGACUUCGUUGUGGUGGGCGUGGAAAGGCUUUUUCUUCCAGCAGCCAAAAUGUCCAUAUUAGUAUAGUUGGAGGCGGUCCAGCAGGAUUCUACACGGCACAGAAUUUGAUUAAGGCUCGUCAAGAUGUUGAGGUGGACAUUUACGAGCGGCUGCCCGUCCCCUUCGGCCUGGUCCGGUUCGGGGUCGCCCCAGAUCAUCCCGAAGUCAAGAACGUUAUCAACACAUUCACGCAGACAGCCAAACAUUCACGCUGUAAUUUCUACGGUAACGUGAAUGUGGGGAAGGACGUGAGCAUCGAAGAGCUGCAGCAGGCCUACCAUGCAGUCAUACUGAGUUACGGGGCAGAGGGAAACAGGAGUAUGGGGGUGCCGGGAGAAGACUUAGCCGGCGUGUACUCAGCUAAAGACUUUGUCGGUUGGUACAAUGGUCAGCCAACCUGUCAAGAGCUGAGCCCAGACCUGAGCUGCGAAACAGCAGUCAUUUUGGGUCAGGGUAACGUCGCUUUAGAUGUGGCGAGAAUUUUGCUGUCCCCCCUUGAUGUCUUAAAGAAAACUGACAUCACCCAGCCUGCCCUGGAGGCUCUGGCUGAGAGCCAUGUCCGCAGGGUACUGAUUGUGGGCCGAAGAGGACCCAUGCAAAUUGCUUGCACAAUCAAGGAGAUUAGAGAAAUGGUGAACCUGCCAGGAACCAGACCAGAGAUGAUAGCAGCAGAUUAUGAGGGUGUUACAGAGGCCCUUAAAGAUUUGCCGCGGCCGAGGAAGCGUCUGACAGAGCUGAUGUUGAAGACAGCCAUGGAGACACCGGGAGAGAAGGAGCAAGAAAGACGAAACAAUGCCUCCUGUUCCUGGGGCUUUCGAUUCUUCCGGAGCCCUGUCGAGGUCCUGGCUGACACCAACCGCAACAGAACAGCAGGCAUCCGACUGGCAGUCAACAAGCUGGAGGGUUCAGGUGAGGCAGCCCGGGCAGCGCUCACUGGAGAAGUGGAGGAUGUGUCUUGCGGCCUUGUCAUUAGCAGCAUCGGCUACAAGAGUCUCCCUAUUGACCCCUCAGUGCCGUUUGACUUCCGCAAAGCCAUCGUCCCAAACAGCAUGGGCCGCGUUCAACAAGCUGCAGGUAUUUAUUGUAGUGGCUGGGUUAAAACAGGCCCCACUGGAGUGAUAGCCACCACUAUGAACAAUAGUUUUGACACUGCACGAUCUUUAGUGGAGGACAUAGACUCCGGAGUUUUGGAUAUAUCUGCUGGCAAACCUGGCUCACAAAGCAUCAGCACCCUGCUGGAAAAGAGAGGAGUGAAACCAGUGACUUUCUCAGACUGGGAGAAGAUUGACAAUGUGGAGAUGAAGAGGGGUGAAGCCAGUGGAAAACCCAGAGAAAAAAUACUGACAGUGGAAGAAAUGCUGCGGGUGGCUCGGACAUGACUGAAGUCAAGAAACUGUUCACAGACAAACUGGAUACUGAGUAGCUGUUGCUGUAUAAAAUACCAACAGUUGAUACCAUUAUAAUGGGGACCUCAGUGAUUGACCACAAUGGGCACAGUUGCAUUGUGAAGCACUAAACAUGGACUAUAUUCAUAUUGUGCACACGGUACAAAUUAAAAGCUAGUAGGUAGUUGACCUGUAUAUGUCUGAGAAUAAAAAUUAUGUGGUGACUGAAA